AUGUCCCGAAGAUAUGAUAGCCGUACGACAAUCUUCUCCCCCGAAGGACGUCUUUACCAAGUGGAAUACGCAAUGGAAGCUAUCGGUAACGCUGGUACCGCAAUAGGGAUCUUAUCAAAAGAUGGGGUUGUGCUGGUUGGUGAAAAAAAGGUCACAUCCAAGCUGCUCCAAACCUCAACCUCCACCGAGAAAAUGUACAAGAUUGAUGAUCAUGUUGCAUGCGCAGUGGCUGGGAUAAUGUCUGAUGCCAACAUUCUAAUCAAUACUGCAAGGGUCCAAGCUCAACGCUACACUUAUGCUUAUCAAGAGCCAAUGCCAGUUGAGCAGCUAGUUCAGUCUCUCUGUGAUACCAAGCAAGGGUACACUCAAUUUGGUGGUCUUCGACCAUUUGGGGUCUCAUUUCUGUUUGCAGGAUGGGACAAAAACUUUGGCUUUCAGCUUUACAUGAGUGACCCUAGUGGAAAUUAUGGUGGCUGGAAAGCUGGAGCCAUUGGUGCAAAUAACCAGGCAGCACAAUCAAUACUGAAACAGGACUACAAGGAUGAUAUCACAAGAGAAGAAGCAGUUCAACUUGCACUGAAGGUUUUAAGUAAAACCAUGGACAGCACAAGUCUGACUUCAGAAAAGCUUGAACUUGCCGAGAUUUUUCUGUCACCCUCUGGUAAAGUGAAGUAUGAAGUUUGCUCCCCAGAUUCCUUGACUAAGCUGUUGGUGAAGUUUGGCGUAACCCAACCUGCAACAGACACUGCCUAG